GCGGAGGCGGCAGUGGCGCUCGCUACCCGUGCCUUCGCGCAAUGGCAGCAUGCAGGGUCGUCGACAUUCUGUUAACGUCUAGCGAGAGCGACUGUCGUGAGGCAGGCGCAGAAGUGCACUGAGAUCACGUUAGCAUGAACAGUCCUGCGUAGGCUUACAUCCUGGCUAUGAUCCUGCACGCCUAUCUCAUUGUAAAACGGAUUGCUAUCAUAGUAGACGUACCGCCUUCGCAACAUUGCCGUCGAACACGCAGGGCAGUCUCGUCCCUGUGGGCGCUGCAGCGGUACCGUCCUCGUCCCAGUUUCACCCAUGGUAAGCAAGCAUCCCAACACGGUAGCAGCGGUAUGGUGGGUGGCAAUGAUGGUGGGCUGGGAAGCGGGGUCAUGAGAGCGAGGAGGGCGAAAGGACGUUGCGAUACCAAGGAACAAUGCGACAGCUGCGCCAUACCUACGGCCUCACGGCGCGCGUUGGGCGCGACAUCGAAUGUAGUACAAGAUGGAUAGCAUGCAGACAGAAAGACCCUCCAGCUUCCUGCGCAAGGCAGGAAGACUGAUGGGCCGGCCAGCCAGACCCGCGCAAACGCAUU